CUCUCCACAGUGUCCGCUAGUUGUUUGUCGGGAGGCGCUGUAGCCAUUUCGCCACAUGAAAGCCCGAUGAGCUGAACGACCGACAUCCGACUCGCUCAUGGGGAAGAGAAGCAAUCGGCAUUAGGACGCUCUGCGCGCGCACAGGCGUACACGAACUCGCGCGCAAAGACGCACGGCGCGCAGACACUUCCUCCUCCUCCGCCGUGGAAAGAGAGAGAGAGGGGAACAGAGAGAAGGGGGCACACGCAAACUUCCAACUCUCCCAUGUGGACACCAGAGGUUUGAGGAUAAAGUGUAUAUUCUGCCUCUCCGGGGCUCCGUUCCUCCCCCCCUCUCCCUCUCUGUCAGUGUUUUCUGCCCGGGGAGCGGUGUUCCUAUGAGCGUCUCGGUUGGCGAGAAUAGAAGUUUGGUUGUUUGCGUGGUCGGCUGAGGCGGCGGAGGAGGAGGAGGAGGAGGAGGAGGAGAAGGAGAAGAGUCGGGCUAAAAGUAGGGGGAAGAUGGUCCGCAACGCCGCUUGGAGACGGAGCUUGCUGUGCGCCCUGGCGCUCAUUGGCUUCGCGUCCCCGCCGUGCAAAGCUCGGAUUUACACCAACCACUGGGCAGUGAGGAUAGCCGGGGGACCCGAGGUGGCCGAGCGGAUAGCGGACAAAUAUGGCUAUAGGAACAUGGGACAGAUUGGGGAUCUCAAAGAUCACUAUCACUUCUUCCAUAGUCGGACCAUCAAGCGCUCAACGUUGUCCAGCCGUGGACGCCACAGUUUCAUCUCCAUGGAGCCCAAGGUGGAGUGGAUACAGCAGCAGGUGGUGAAGAGGAGGAUCAAGAGGGAUUAUAAACCAUCCCCACCCCUUUCUUUGUCAAGCCCCGCCCACAGCAGUCUGGCCCAGAACAACAUAUUCUAUAAUGACGCCAAGUGGAGCAGUAUGUGGUACAUUCAUUGCAAUGACGACGUCCAUAACUGCCAGUCGGACAUGAACAUAAUGGGGGCCUGGAAGAGGGGCUACACAGGAAAAGACGUGGUGGUGACCAUACUAGAUGACGGCAUCGAGAGGAACCACCCAGACCUCUUUCAGAACUACGACCCUCAAGCAAGCUUUGAUGUGAAUGGCAACGACAUGGACCCCAUGCCUCGAUAUGACGCAACCAAUGAGAACAAACACGGGACACGGUGUGCGGGCGAAGUCGCUGCAGCCGCAAACAACUCCCACUGCAUUGUGGGAAUUGCCUACAAUGCCAGAAUAGGGGGUGUGCGAAUGCUGGAUGGAGAUGUAACUGACAUGGUGGAGGCUAAGUCUCUGAGCCUGCAGCCGCAGCACAUCGACAUCUACAGUGCCAGCUGGGGACCCGACGAUGACGGAAAGACCGUGGAUGGGCCAGCGUCUCUGGCCAGACAGGCCUUCGAGAAUGGCAUCCGCAUGGGGAGGAAGGGCCGUGGCUCCAUCUUUGUGUGGGCUUCAGGCAAUGGCGGGCGCAGCAGAGACCACUGCUCCUGUGAUGGCUACACCAACUCCAUCUACACCAUCUCCAUCUCCAGCACAGCUGAGAGUGGACGGAAGCCCUGGUAUCUGGAGGAAUGCUCAUCCACACUGACCACCACCUACAGCAGCGGCGAGAACUACGACCGAAAGAUUAUCACAACAGACCUGAGACAUCGGUGUACAGACAGUCACACGGGGACAUCCGCCUCGGCUCCCAUGGCUGCUGCCAUUAUUGCUCUGGCCCUGGAGGCAAAUCCCCUUCUGUCAUGGAGAGAUGUACAGCACAUCAUUGUGAAGACCUCGAGAGCCGGACAUCUCAGCGCCCCUGACUGGAAGACCAAUGCUGCUGGUUACAAUGUCAGCCACUUGUAUGGCUUUGGUCUGAUGGACGCUGAGGCGAUGGUGAAGGAGGCAGAGAGAUGGAGGCAAGUCCCUUCUCAACAUGUCUGUGUGGAGAGCGCAGACCGACAGAUCAGAACCAUACGUCCAGAGCAUGUGGUUCGGUCGGUGUACAAGGCGACAGGAUGCACUGACAACCCCAACCACCAUGUGAUCUACCUGGAGCAUGUGGUUGUGCGUAUUACAAUCACACACCCUCGCCGUGGAGACCUGUCGAUCAACCUGACCUCACCCUCAGGGACUAAGUCUCAGCUGCUCGCCAACAGGUUGUUUGAUCACUCCAUGGAGGGUUUUAAGAACUGGGAGUUUAUGACCACCCACUGCUGGGGAGAGAAGGCAGCAGGCGACUGGGUCCUGGAGAUCUAUGACUCACCCUCUCAACUCCGCAGCCAGAAAGUACCUGGCAAGCUGAAGGAGUGGUCACUGGUGCUGUACGGCACCUCUGUGCAUCCAUACUCAUCUCUGCGCAACGAUAAGCCUCGCUCCACAGACAUGCUGACGCCCACCGAUGAGGAGUUCACAGAGGAGUACAAUGGCCCCUGUGACUCUGAGUGCAAUGAAAAUGGCUGUGAGGGUCCUGGACCCCAUCACUGCAUUAACUGCCUCCACUACUUCCUCAAGUUCAAGAACAACACCAGAAUGUGUGUGUCUGAAUGCCCCAGCGGCUUUUUCCGUGAUGACAGGAAGCGCUGCAAGAAGUGCUCUUCGUUGUGCGAGACCUGUGUUGGUAGCCGUAGCGACCAGUGCACCACAUGCAGGACUGGUUUCCACCUCAACGAGGGCUCCAACACGUGUGUUGCCAACUGUGCCGACGGCUUCUACCUCGACCACGAUUCCAACAUUUGCAGGAGAUGUCCGGAGAACUGUAGGAAGUGCAACACCUCCAAUAUCUGCACAGAAUGUAAACCUGGAAUGAGUCUUCAGGUAAACAAGUGUCAGAUGACCUGUGAUCCAGGGACCUAUUACAACGGCCACAGGAGGACUUGUGAGCCCUGCCACCGGGCCUGUGCCACCUGUGCAGGCACAGGUAUAGAGGCGUGCACUAAGUGUGCAGAGGGCUACAUGCUGGAGGACUGGCGGUGUGUGUCAACAUGCAGCACUGGCUACUACUUGUCAGAGCAGACCUCAGACAGUGGGCAGGCGCAGAGGUCCUGUAAGAAGUGUGACCAUAGCUGCUACGAGUGCUUGGGGCCUGGUGAAAGAAACUGCAGCAGCUGUGUCAGUGGUUACAAUCUGGAGGCAGGAGCCUGCAUGGUCAGCACCAUCUGCAAAGAUGGAGAGUACCGGAGCACACACGGCAGGUGCCACCUGUGUGACGUGACCUGUCUGCAGUGCACGGGUCCGGAGAGAGAGGACUGCACCAGCUGCCCCGCAACACGGUUCUUUGACGAAGGCCGCUGCAACAUUCGCUGCCAGGCGGGCCGCUACGCCAUGGGGAGGCAGUGCUACCUCUGUCACCACUCCUGCCACGAGUGUGUCGAUGAGGGACCAGACAACUGCACCAGCUGUGACAGAGAUAAGUUUGGUGAGGCCCGAUACUUCUUCCAGGGUCAGUGUCGCGACGUCUGUCCAGAGGGUUUCUUCCACUCUGCAAGGAGCCGGUGUGAGCCCUGUCCCGCCGACUGCAUCAUCUGCACAGCAGCAGAUCACUGCCUCCAUUGCAGCCAAGGACACACGCCUAGAAAUGGCCGUUGCGUCCCAUUGGAGUGCAGUGCAGGGGAAGUUGCAGAUGCAGACGCCGAAGAUUGUCUCCACUGUGACGAGGGCUGCAAGCAAUGUGAACUCAAGGAUUCCGGGGAGCAGGACAAGGAAACUGUUUGCCUCAAAUGUGAAGACGGUUACUACCAGUUAAACACAGACUGCCAUCAGACCUGUCCAGAUCGCACCUACAGCUCAAAAGACAACAUGCUGUGUGCGCCAUGUCAAGACAAGCAGUGUGCAAUCUGUGACCAGGCCCAGUGCUACUGGUGUGAAGAGGGCUUCUACGUCUCUGAUGGAGAAUGUGUGGAGCACUGUAAGGAAGGUUCCUUUGUGGAUGAGGAGAGCCGGGAGUGCGAGCCGUGUCACCGUGCCUGUCGUACCUGUGGAGGGCCACAAUAUGACGACUGUGACUCUUGUGAGGACGGCUUCAAACUGGAGAAUGGAGAGUGUUUGCAGGGGAGGAAAACGGCCACCUGCCCUGAGAAACACUUCAGAAACCCAAAGGACGAAUGUGAGCAGUGCCACUCCUCCUGUAAGUCUUGCUCUGCAGCAGGGCAGGAGGCCUGCAGGAGCUGCUACUCGGGUACAUUUUUGACUGCGCGACAGACGUGCAUGUCUCGUUGUCCACCCGGUACGUUCGCCAACAAGACGUCCGGUCAGUGUGAGGACUGCUCCGAAGGGUGCGUCACGUGCCAGGACACACAACAAUGCCACCGCUGUCGGAGUGGCCUUUACCUGCAAAAUGGAGUGUGUGUUGUGGAGUGUCAGAGCGGGUUUCCUCAAGGUGGUGCAUGCCAGCCGUGUGCCCCAGAGUGUGCAUCUUGCCAUGGGAAUUCUUCUCACUGUCUGAGUUGUGAGAGCCACCAUUUCCUGCUGGAGCAUUCCUGCAGGUCACACUGUCCAGAGGGCUAUUAUACCACAGGCACAGAGUGCCAUCGCUGCCCAGCUCACUGCAGCGAGUGCAAUCACGAUGGCCUCUGUGAGAAGUGUGCCCAAUACUACUUCCUCCACGAGGCUCAGUGUGUGGAUGAUUGUCCUGAUGGCUACUUUGCCAGCGAGAAGCAACAGGAGUGUGUGCGCUGCCACGCCGAUUGUGCCUCGUGCGACGGACCGGGUUUGGAUGACUGUGAUGUGUGUCGCAACGCGAAAGCUGUCCGUUACAACGGGGAGUGUCUGGCUGAGUGUCUCAACAGCACUUAUUACGAUGAGACGGCCAACGAAUGCAGAGAUUGUGACAGGUCAUGUUUGACCUGCUCAGGCCACGAGCCCUCCUCCUGCCUCAGCUGUGACAUUGACAGGCGUAGAGAUGCCAGCGGACACUGUGUGUGGGUCAAUCAGUGCUCUCUGCACUCGUACAAGGACCAGGAUGGGGAAUGCCGACAGUGUCACAAACUCUGUCAUCGCUGUUCGGGGCCAGGCAAAGACAACUGCCUCAACUGCAAAGAGCCACACUUCCUACUGAACAGCACGUGUGUGCAGCAGUGUCCUGUGGGUUACUAUGCCGAGGACGAGGACGAACGUGUGUGUGAGCGGUGUCACUUCACCUGUCAGUCGUGUGUUGGCCGUCACAGUGUGCAGUGUCGCACCUGUAAACCUGGAUACUUCAAGCAGGGAAGCAGCUGCGUCGAAACCUGCUCCGAGAGUCACUUCGGCAACACCACCACCAGGGUUUGUGAGCGCUGUGACCCCUCGUGUAGCCAGUGUUGGGGUCGUGGAAGCAGAAACUGCCUGAGUUGUCGGCAGGACUAUGUCUACCUGAGGCAGUGGGGACGUUGCCUGAAGAGCUGCCCUCAAACCCACUACCAUGACACAAGGUCCAACAACUGUCUCAGAUGUCACCCAACCUGCAAGACCUGCAGCGAUAAGGGUGCUCUGGAAUGCCAGUCCUGUUAUGAAGGCUACACCUUCAUGAGUGGAAUCUGUCAAUCCCAGUGUCUUAUAGGCUUCUAUGCUGCUUCACAGGGCGAUGCGCCGGACUGCGAGGCAUGUGACUCCUCCUGUGUGGACUGUCGAGGUCCCGGCGGGUGGAACUGCACGGUGUGCCCUGCACUCCAGAUCUUAUCUGACGAUCGCCGCUGCUUGAGUUGCUGUGGAGAUGAGAAACGCCACGACGACAAACCAAUACCCUGGCAGUGCUGUGACUGCCAGGCCUCACGAGACGAGUGUAUCAUGGGCGUGAACUUUGUGAUGGAGCGAGCUGAGGAUUUAGACGGUCAAGGACACAACCACGCCAAACUCUUUGUUACUGCUUGUGUUCUACUUGUCGUCUCUGUGGGUGGAGGUGUCUUCCUCUUCCUCAGUGCCCGAUCAAAAUCCCUUGCCAUCGCACCCAAAAUCAAAGCUGGAGGCUACGAGUCACUGAAUACCAAUGGAGGCGUCGCAUCAGAAUCCACCACCUCCUCAUUUGGCGAGUACAGUGACAGAAUCAUUGGAUGCAAGGAUGAUGACGAAGAAGACGACGAUAUUAUAUACAUGGGACAAGAUGGGACAGUGUAUCGGAAGUUCAAGUACGGACUCUUGGAUGAAGAUGAGAUUGAGCUAGAGUAUGAUGAUGAGAGCUACUCAUACAGUUGAGGAUUAUAGAAAAUGUGGAAAAAAAUUGAUAUUUGACCAUUUUGUGGCAGAUUGUUUCACUAUUGUCUAAAGAAAAGUUGCAGUUGACGUCUUCUGAUUAUAUUUGAGUUAAAUUUUGAUUAGAUUUUUUUCCAAUAAGCAUGACUUUUUCAUCAAAAUAAAUAAUUUUCACAUCUCCAACCUGGGGACCAGAAACAUUUACAUGUGUUUAAAAAACUUUUUUUUUUGUUGUUUUAACUUUUCCAGCUAUAUCCUGCUAAAGCUGAAAGAGGCGUGUCACAACUUACAUACAUGUGACAUAUUCAGGUACAUAUAUGAGAGAAAAACCAGAGACCAAAAAUGUCUGAUGUUUACAAAGCACUGAGAAGAUGUGGUGUAUAAAUAAUCUUGCAUAGAAUAUACAAAUAAUCCAAUUCCUGGUAAACCCACAAGGGUCAUCUAUGUGGAUUCAGUUUGCUGAUUAUGUCCCUGUCAACGUCAGUUGUAUUUUGCCUCAACAUCAAUAAUUGUGGUUUACUGCUGAAUGAUGCAACUUAUCGUUUUAACUGUGUAAUAAACUCUAUGUAUUGUCAGAGGACACCAGGAAAUGCGAAGAACAAAUUACUGGGAUUUUCCCCCUUUUUACCUGGUUGAAGUGAAAUGUGCCUUCAAUAAUUGUUUCAUAAUAAAGUUUUAUUGCGA